UAAUAAUACUCCAGUAGCACAUUUACGAAAUCAGAAACAGAUUACGAAGUUUCAUUAGGUGGUGAAAUGAAUGGCAUUGCAUGUUCAUGCGAUGUCAUCUAUAACCAAUCUCAAUCAAAACCUGAGAGCACUCUGUGCAGAAGGUCGCUUGAAGGAUGCAAUAAACAUUGUUAUUACUACAAACAAUACUCCUGUACAGGCUUCCACAUAUAUUCAUCUAUUGCAGAGCUGCAUAGAUAAGAAAGCCCUUUCAGAGGGUAAGAAAAUAAGCUCCCACAUCAAUGACAGUGGGCAUGCAUUUGCCACACAUCCUCUUAUACAAACUAAACUUAUCAACAUGUUUGACAAGUGCGGAAGCGUUAUGGACGCUCGCCAUGUUUUUGACAACAUGUGCGAGCCAGACGUUUUUUCAUGGAAUGUGAUAAUUGCGGCUUACCGAAAUCAUGGGUGUCCUCAACAGGCUUUCAAACUGUUUCACCAAAUGCAACGAACGGCCGUCCAACCUGAUCACUUCACCUUGUCCACUGUUCUCCCUGUGUGUGCCAACACAUCAUCUCUAAAAUAUGGUUUGCAGAUCCAUGGAAAGGUAAUCAGAUGUGGAUUUCAAUCCGAAGUUAUUGUGAUGAAUACACUAAUCGAUAUGUAUUCAAAAUAUGGAAGGAUCCACAAUGCGCGUCAAUUGUUUGACAAAAUGCAGAAUGCAGAUGUCGUUUCAUGGAAUGCGAUGAUUGCAGGCUACGUCAAACAGGGUGAGCUUGACGAGGCUUUUAUGCUUUUCAGUGAAAUGCCUCAGCCGAAUGUGGUCUCGUGGACUUCAAUCAUUGCUGGAUAUGCACAAAAUGGGUUUGUGGAAAAAGCCUUGGAUAUUUUUAAGCAGAUGCAGUUAGCAGGUGUAAAACCAACCUCAGAAACAUUUUCAAGCAUCGUCUCCGCUUGUGCUAAAAUCGGACUUGUAGAACAGGGUAUGGGAAUCCAUCAAAGAGUAACAGAAAGUGGAAUGCCCUUCAAUAUUGUGGUUGCCAAUGCCCUGAUAGACAUGUACACAAAAUGUGGAAGCGUACGCAAGGCACGCCAAUUGUUUGACGAGAUGUUUCACCGAAAUGUCAUCUCAUGGACAACAAUGAUUGCAGGAUACACACAAAAUGGGCAUGCUGAUAAAGCUUUGGAAAUGUUUAAUGGAAUGCAAGUGGCAGGCGUAAAACCAAACUCGUCAACCUUUGCCAGCAUCCUUACAUCUUGCGCUAAAAUGGGAGCUUUGGAACAGGGUAUGGAGGUCCACUCAAAAGUAAUUGAGAGCGGACAUUUGUGGGAUAUUGUACUUGUGACUGCCCUCCUGGACAUGUACACAAAAUGUGGAAACAUAGAAAAGGGACACAAAUUGUUCAACACAAUGCAUAACCCAGAUGUCGUUUCAUGGAAUGCAUUGAUUACAGGAUAUGCCAAUAUUGGAGCUCUUGACAAGGCUUUGAAGCUUUUUAAUGAGAUACCUCAUAGAAAUGCUGUCUCAUGGACUGCAGUCAUUGCUGGAUUUGCUCAAAAUGGGCUUGUUGAAAAUGCUUUGGAGUAUUUCAAGCAAAUGCUUUUAGCAGGCAUAAAACCAAGCUCAGUAACCUUUGCCAGCAUCCUACCUGCGUGUGCCAAAGUUGGCGCUUUGGAACAGGGUAUGGAAACCCAUGAAAAAAUCAUCGAAAGAGGACUUUUGUCAGAAGUUUUCGUUGCAAAUACCCUUAUACACAUGUAUGCAAAAUGUGGAACCAUACAGAAGGCAUACAAAUUGUUUGACAAAAUGCCUCAGCGAACUAUCAUCUCAUGGAAUGCAAUGAUUGCAGGAUAUGCAAUGCAUGGCUAUAGCAAUGAUGCCCUUAAACUCUUUGCACUAAUGAAGCACUCUGGAACAAACCCCAACCAUGUAAGCUUUCUUUGUGUUUUAUUUGCAUGCAGUCAUGCUGGUUUAGUAGAUGAGGGCUGUAAACACUUCAAUAACAUGAGCGAUUUGUACUCCAUUGUACCUACUACUGAUCAUUAUGUUUGUAUGGCGGACCUUCUUGGCCGUGCUUGCUAUCUUGAAGAAACCCUAAACUUUAUUAUCAAAAUGCCAAUAAAACCUGAUCUGGUUGUGUGGAUGUGUUUGCUCGGUGCUUGUAGAUUACAUGUGAAUGUAGAUCUAGGAGAAUUUGUGGCAAGAACACUUUUUGAAAUAGAUUCCAAAAAUGCUGCACCAUAUGUGCUUCUGUCAAACAUCUAUGCAAAAGUGAAUAGGUGGGGUGACCAUCAAAAGAUAAGGAAAUUAAUGAAAGAGAAAGAAAUAAAAAAGACUCCUGGAUGUAGUUGGAUUGAAGUAAAUAAAGGUGUACAUGCUUUUUGUGUAGGAGAUAAAUCACAUCCACAAACACAGGAAAUCUAUGCAAAGUUGGAUACAUUGUCUUGGGAGAUGAAGGCAGCAGGGUAUACACCGAAUAUAACACCUAUAUUGAAUGAUGUGGAAGAGGAAGAGAAGGAAAUACUUCUUUGCCACCAUAGUGAGAAGUUGGCAAUAGCAUUUGGGUUAUUAAACACGUUGCCUGGAACAACUAUCAGAGUUGUCAAGAACCUUCGAGUUUGUGGUGACUGUCAUACUGCAACCAAGUUUAUAUCCAAGGUUGUUGCAAGAGAAAUUGUUGUGAGAGAUGCUAAUCGUUUCCAUCAUUUUAAACACGGACAAUGUUCUUGUGGAGAUUAUUGGUGAUGCUAAGAGAACCUAGAAACUUAGGUUUUCGCUAUCCAAAGGUGCAGGAUCUCAGAUGGUAAGAAGGAAUUAUGCUUUAUUUUCAGUUCCCAAUAAAAUGCUGUUUCUGGGUGUUUGGAGCAAUAGACCAUGCUUUGACAUGAUGAGAUGAUAUAGCACAUCAAGUGUCAUGGCGUGGAUAUACUGAUGGGAUAUUUGUUCUGGCUCCGUUGUAACAUGGAUAAGUCAUGACAUUAGUCUGUUCUUCAUGAAGCUGCUGAAAAGCUGGCAAAGGCAGAGAAAGGAUGGAAAAUGUGAAAGCAAAGGAAUGCUUGGAGGAGAUGGAAAGCUGUUCAGUCAACAGGAAUGUUGAGAGAAGAGCUUACAAUUAAGUGAACGGUGAGAGGAGCAUUUCUUGGGCAUUCUUUACUGGGAGUAGGUGGUUUUGGUCCACCUUACUUGCAGGCUUGGUCAUGAUGUCAAAAUGCAGGCGUAGAAGAUUUGUGCCGUAUGCAAAUCUAAUCGAAAGAGUUUCCUUGUGCCACAAGAUCAGUUUCAUAGUCAAUUUGGUGUUUGGUUUGCCUGUGGCCUGAAAUGACAUUGACCUUAAAAACUCUUGCCUUUUUAAUUUGCUACUGUAUUUUUGUUUGGAUCGAUUUCUUUGUCCUGUUUCAAUGUCAGCUGUGCUUCUAUUUCCUAAAGCAUAUUUACCAAAAUAAAUCGAAAUUCAUAUUUGUUCA